UCAAGCCUGCUCCCGUUGUGUUGAUCACUAGGCCUGACCUUCCUUCGAGGGAAUGUAUUUGUAUAAGCGGUGCCCCGACUGUAUGGUGUACUCAUCCUAUAGCGGCCUUUCAACACUUCUUUUCAACCCUCCAAGAUGCGGUGCCAACAGCUCGGUCUAACUCUCCUUGGGCUUUCCAGUCCAGCCUGGGCCGGUUGGUUUGGAUCGGACUGGGUCUGCGACGCGGGUAUCUACGCGCAGUAUGCUGAUUUGGCAGGUUAUGGGCCAGCGGAGCAAUACUGUGCUGGCCGUUUCCCCGAGCCAGCAGUUACUGUGACUGUCACGGCGUCUGGCCAUUUUCACGGCUGGUUUCACAAACGUUCGUGGGCACCGCCGAAUCCGCUCAACUCGCUGCUGCAACAGCUGGAGCAGCUACCAGCGCAUGAACAGCAGACCGCCUGUUCAUGCAUUGAGGUUCCUCAAACCAUCACGCGCUUCUACGGUCCCUACCACAACAGUAACAACCACCAUCAGUACUAUACGGACUACGACGGCUUCUCCUACCACUACAAGCGCCCUUCCUACCAGUACGUCCACCACGACGACGACGACGACGACUACUUCUACAACUAUUCCUACAACAACGACGACGACAACAACAACAACUUCUACAUCGUCAACCACAACAACCACACCCACAACCACUACCACUACUACUACUACUACUACUACUACUACUACUACUACUACUACUACCACCACCACCACAACAACAACGACCACUACCACAACUACUGGAUUUACGGCUGGACGGUGUACUGCGGCCAACAACUGACGGCGCUCGACUCGAACCCGAACUGGGACAUCGUCCCGCAGCCCAGCUACGAGGCGUGCCUGACGGAGUGCGACAACAACGGUUUCUGCGACGGAUUCACCUACACAGAGGCCACCGGCGAGUGCCACCAGUUCCUCUACUCGGACGAGGUGGCCUUGACCCCGGCCCCGGGCUUCGACAGCGCCAUUUUCAUCGAAGGCACCUGCGGCAAUUUCGACUGUCAGGCCUACGAGUGUCCGAGCGACAACCCGGAGUGUCCGCAGGCGACGUAG